AUGGCGGAGUCGAAGGACGUAGUUAUAAACGAAGACAAUUUAUGUUGUUCUAUUUGUUUAGAAGUGUAUGUUAAUACACGGGCAUUACCAUGUUUACAUUCAUUUUGUCGUCUGUGUUUAGUUAAUUAUGCUGAAAAGUUGAUCGGUAGUAAAAACAAAAGGAAAUGUGAGAUUUGUUCUCCUUUAUGUAGGAAAGAUGCGAAAUGUGAAAUCAAACAAUUUGAUAAUAAUGCCGACAAGUGGGUGGAGAGCUUACCUGUUAACUUUAUCCUAGUUUCGAUUUUGAGCAGCAAGAGAACAAAAAUGACGGACAAGGAAACUAACUGUGUGCCAUGUUUUCGGGAAGAGAUAAAAGUACCGGCAAGUCAUUAUUGUUACGAGUGCUCCGAAAAUGUAUGUGAAAGCUGUGUGAAACUACAUAAGAAAAUUAAAAGUCUGUCAAAUCAUAAACUUUGCAACCUUGGCGACGGAGAAUCGAAUCUUGCUCAAUUUGAUUUCUUAAAGUCACUCACAAAGUGUCCUGAGCACCAGGCGGAGGAGGUUCGAUAUAUCUGCAAGGACCAUGACCAGUUAUGUUGUAAUGAGUGUGCGAUAGUAAGACACCGGAAGUGUGACUAUAUGAUCUCUAUAGCAGACGAACUAUCCAAGUUAGAGAUUUCAGACCAGGAUUUAGAUUUCAGACUGGGUGAAAUUUUGGAUGGUUCCAAAAAGCUCACAGAAUAUGAAACAAAGCACCAGUCUACAGUAAAAGCUUCAAAGAAUCAAAUUAGAGUUAAGCUUGCAUCGCUUAAGAGAAAAAUAGAUGAAGCUUUCUGUAAAAUGGAGAAAACUAUUUUACAGGAUGCUGACGACAGAAGCGCAAACAUAAUGAAGAAAAGUAAAUCACAACUUGAAAGCAUUAAAACGCUUAGAGCUGAGGUUAAUCGGUCACGUGACAACCUUCGUAUUGUCCAUAACAAGGGGGAAAAGCUUCAUUUGUUCCUGGUUGAGAGGCACUUGAAAACAGAACUGAAACGACACGAAGACAAGCUUCAAAAUCUUCGAAGUGACUCAAGCGUGAAAAGUAUUACUUUGAUAGAUGACGUUUCUGAACAAGACUUGAUGAAAACAAUUGCUUCCUGUUCUCAUCUUGAAGAGCUUACAUCUAGCGCUGGAGUACCCUCAAGUACAGAAAUGUGCGACAUCACUCUGACCGGAGAGCCAGUAUUAAUUAGCGAGAUGAAAUUGACAUAUUCAUCAAGUCGUGAACGUGCGUGCGUUUGGGUAGACAAUUUUGUUGUCAUUGGUUUGCAAGAAAUGAAGCAGCUUCAAUUAUUUGAUAUAAAUAAAGAAUCGCUUAAAUACAAUAAAACAGAAAACGUGUCUUCACAACCAUGGCCUUUAAAAAAGGUAGAUGAUUCAAGAUUUGCUGUUUGUUACCGACAAAACAACACUAUUGAGAUAAUGAAGAUCAGUAAAGGGACAUUUGAAACACUAAAUACAUUCAGUACUGACACUGCGGUCUGGGAUAUUUCGUACAACAAAUUACAACGCCAAAUUAUAGGUUUUUCAAGAUCUGGGACUAUUGAUGUGUUCCAACUUGAUGGUACUAAAUCUGGCUCUGUCCCAUUACGAUCUGAAAUGUGUAAUGUUGUGAAGUAUGCGUACGGAAUUUGUUUUGAUACAGGCACUAACUUGCUGUACAUAUCUAGCUAUGGUCGGCAUAAAGUGGUGGCUGUGAAGUUAGAUGGUACAUUAGUUUUCGAAUACACUCACCAACAUUUACAUUAUCCUUGGCAACCAGACAUCGAUGCCGAAGGAAACAUUUAUAUACCGUGUGUUGGAGGGAUACAUCAGAUUGAUAGAAAUGGAAAACUCCUACGUGAAAUAAAGUUUCCUGGGAACGGACUUUGUGUUUGCUUUGAUAACAGUAAGACCAAUUUCAUAGUGUCUCAUAACACUCCUAGUGGUAUCCGAAUGUACAAUUUGAAAUAACAUGUACAUGUAUCUUUAUGACACAAGAACAUUUCAUUCGAUGACAAUCGUCUAUCAUUUAUUAUCAUGAAUUAUUGAUGGAGGAACAGCUAGAAAUCUCUUGUUUGAAAUGGCGGAUGGUGCUUUCUUUAAUUUUAUCGUUUAUCAGAAUUAUUGGGUUGUGAAAGAAGGAAGUACAAAAUUUAUUGCAUUUUUUAACCUCUUCUGACUUUAACAGUAUCGCAACAAAUGAAAGUUGCUAGCUUUUUAAAAGUUUUAAUAAAAUUGAUAUGGA